CGGGGCACAACGACCCGCCGACGAGCGUGCCACGUCACGAGGUCCAGAGAAAGGCCAUGCAUACGAGGGCGUUGGGCGAUGGAAGAAGGGAUGCCCUUGGCGAUCCCAAGGGCGUAAGCACGCGAAGCCUGGGCCGAAACGACGGCUAUAAAUACGGCGUGAUGGACGACGACGCCGACGGGCGGCGACGAGAUGACAGCGCGGCCAAGCUCAGUGAAAUCACGCCCGUCGAGUACACGCGGCCACAGGUCCUUCCGGAUGCGACCACGUACGAGGCCAGCAACGAGGCCAGCAACGAGCGAAGCACACAGGCCAAAGAGCCUUAUGUGUUUGAAGGUGAGAGCUUCUGGGACGCGGCCGAGGACGAGCACACGCCGUCCAACGACCUCGACUACUGGGGCAUGGCCUUCGACGAAAGCGCGCAGCAGACCUACUACUUUGCGUUUGCAUCUGGCAUGACGCAGUGGACGCCACCAUCGCACCUCGUGUACCCCGAGAGCCACCAAGUGCUGCUUUGGGACAACGACGCGCAGUGGUUUUACAUAUACGACUACGUCCAUGGCUCGAGUCGGUGGCUCGAUCACUUUGAGGACCUCCAGGAGCGCGGGUCGCCUCAGCCCGUGAGCGACGACUGCAUGAGCCAAGCAACCACCGAAGAGCUCGAGCCCGAGUCCUCGGACGACCGCCGGCAACAGAGCCUCGCAUCCUCGUGGGACGAGACGACUGCAUCGGUUGUUGAUAUUGAGAUUGAGAUUGAGAUGGGCGACCACAAGAUAUCAACAAGCAACUGCUGUCGGGGGGUCGAGCACGGAUGCAUCUGCCCCGAAUGUUUUUUGCCGCUUCUCGAUGGCCUUCAAGAGCAGCGGACAAGUCAAAGCUACUAAAUAUACUACGCAAUGUGUUACGGAAACACGAGGACGUUGACCGUAAUGUCGUCGACAACGUCUUCUUCGUCGAG